AUAAUCGAUUUUAAUCACUGUGCUACCACAAUGUGAGUAGACUUUUUCCCAACUCCACAUGACCCACCUUAAACGUUAUAUUCAUAUGCCGUUGAAAAUAUUCCCUUAUCACGUCUCUUUUUUAACACGCCGUCAAUGACAAGCGGUGAUGUCACUGCUGGUGACGUAUCGCAAGUGGCAAGAUUACAAAUAGUAAACAAUCUUUGUAACUCAGUUCCAGGUAAUGCAAUGCUUUAAAAGUGGCGCAAGUGACGCUCAAAAUUGAGUUGUUUUGGUAAAAAAAAAUGAGAGAUGGGACCGAGUCUUUGGGAAUUUCUUAUGAAAAUAUAGAAUUUAAAUAUUUUUUGCGAGCUCACAAUGAAUGCACCGGCCGAAUCUCUACUCAGAUAUGAUCGUCCAGUUUUAGUUCCCAAAAGUGCAGAUAAAAAAUCAGCAAAGGGACGUCCUACAAAAGUCCUGAAGUCAAAACCUCAGCAGCCUUCGGACUCUUUGCUACGUCCUCGUAAAUCCAUAACAGCCACGCUUGAAGACAUCAAGCAGAAAAAUGAGGACAUUCUCAAUCUCAUGUUUCCACCCAGGAAAUGGGAGGAGGCAAACAAAGAGUGGAUUCAGAGAGUGUGCAGUGAACCAUCCACUCGAGUGGAUGUGGUGAAUCUGGAGGAAGAAUUGGACAAGAAGCUACUGCACACCCGUGCCAUGGAGACUGGAAUCUGCCCUCUGAGAAGGCAGUUAUACACCGAGUGCUUUGAUGAACUGAUCAGACAGGUGGUCCUCAUUUGUGUCGAGAGGGGCCUCCUGUUGCUGCGUGUAAGAGACGAGAUCCAAAUGACCAUUGCUGCUUAUCAGGCGUUCUAUGAGAGCAGUAUGGUUUUUGGCAUGAGGAAAGCCCUGCAUGAUGAACAGGACAAGGUGGCCCUGAAGGACAAAAUUUCAGAUUUGGAGAAUUUAGUAGAGGAGCUGAUGGAGCAACUGCAACAACAAAAAAAGAAAUGUGUGGAUGUGAAAAAAAUGGCAACAGAAAAACAGCAAGCGCAGGAAAAGAAGCACACAGAGGAGAUUCAGACCCUGAGGAAAAACAACCAGCAGCUCAAGGUCCAACUGGAGGGGGUCUUCACGGCAAAGAAGUAAAUUCACUUGCAUGGAUUGAAAUGUCUCACCGCUGAACAUCACAAAAUGUGUUCUUUUUUUUCGACACCUGUUUUGAGGAUGUUACACUUGUGAAGUCAGCUCUGAAGAUGAAAAGGUCAAAGUUGUAAACAUAAGAUGACCGCUGCUUGACUGAGUUCAACACAGCUGUCAAAUUUUACAGGUGUUGCAGUAUAGGAGAUUUGCAUUAGCAUUUAUCAUGGACCUCGAUCAUGCAGUUUCCCUUUUAAAGGUCCCAUAACCUCAAAACCCACAUUUUCCACUGUUUUAUCCAUAACCGGUCAAAAUGACCGUGUCAUGCUUUAAGUUGUACAUCGAUGUAAUUCGUCGUU